GGAGCCCCCCGAGGUCACCGGGAGCUUCCCGGGCUGCCCGGGCCCCGCCGGGAUCCCGCUGCCAGCCGGGUGCCCACGGGCCAGCGCGGACUCUGGGGCUCUGUAGCCUCCAGGCCGGCGGUAAUGGGCCAGCCGUCGCACCUCCGGGGUUGCGGGCUCUGAGGGCCGCCUCGGUGCCAGAGCCAUGGAUGCCAACCUGCCGGGCACCUUUCUGCUCAACGGCCCCUCGCUGGGCCCCUUCCCCGAGGCCAAGGCGCCCGUUUGCCAGUACUCAGUGCAGAGCUCCUUCUACAAGCUGGGACCCCCCGCGCUGGGUGCCCAGCUGGCUGCUGGCACCCCGCACGGCAUCUCCGACAUCCUCGGGCGGCCCGCGGCGACACCCAACAGCGGCCUGCUCCCGGGCUACCCCCACGCGGGCGGAUUUAACGGACUGAGCUCCCCGGGCGUCUAUUACGGGCCCCAGGUGGGCGCCCUCCCCAAGGCUGGUGGCGAGUACCUGCCGCGGGGACGGAGCUGCUGGGCGGAGGCGGCCCCGGAGUGGCGGGGCGGCCGGCAGUGCGGCGGCCCCCCUGCUCACCUGGCUGACAGCAUCCACAAGAAGAAGCACACGCGCCCAACCUUCACGGGACACCAGAUCUUUGCUCUGGAGAAGACGUUUGAGCAGACCAAGUACCUGGCGGGUCCGGAAAGAGCACGGCUGGCCUAUUCUCUUGGCAUGACUGAGUCUCAGGUGAAGGUCUGGUUCCAGAACCGACGGACCAAAUGGAGGAAGAAGAGCGCCCUGGAGCCCUCCUCAUCCUCACAGCGGGCGGGGGGCUCUGGCGGAGAGCGGGCGGCCUCUGAGACCGAGGACGAUGAGUACAACAAGCCCCUGGACCCGGACUCGGAUGACGAGAAGAUCCGGCUGCUGCUGAGGAAGCACCGUGCAGCCUUCUCCAUGCUGGGCUUGGGCUCGCACAGCGGCUGAGCAGCAGCGCAGCCUGCCCCUCUGUGCCCCUCUGGGCUGGGGUGAUCCCCUCACCAGCAGGUGCCUGGCUCUGGGAUGGGCUGGCUGGCAGCUGCAGGGGGAGCGUGGCUCACAGGGCUGGGAGCAGCACACGGGGUAGUGUCAGGUGCAGCCGUGCUGCUGGCGUUGAUGAAAUAAAGGUCCCAGUCAAGUCCCAGCACUUGUUUCGUGGGCAUGUGGUCCAGGGCGGCCUUGUGAGGCUGGGCUAGAGGAGGGUCGGGGACAGGAUGUAUGGGGCAGGGUCUGCAUGCCAGGCAGGGGAAGGGGCCGUGCUGUGGUGCUGCGUGUGGGAUAGGAAGUGCCCACAGCAGCAGGGGAGUGCUGGAGAUUUUCCCAGGGUUUUCUCUGGUUUGGGCGUGUACCGGCAGCAAGAGCUGCUGGUUCAAAAGUCACUCACUGGGGCCUCUUAUUGGAAGCUCUUAGCAGCAAAUAAAUAUCAUUUAUCUUAACGGUGUGAGUGAGAGCCCAUUCACCUGUCGGGGCUGCAGGAUUGAUGUGGCAUCAAUAGCCCCAGUGUGUUUGCCUGCCAACCUGUUGGGUCCCCCCCUGCUCUGUGCUGUACCCCUGUGCAAUGGGGGCUGCACAUGGGGCUGCACAGCCCCUGUUCUGGCUCCCCGUGGCUCACCAGUGGCAUGCCAGCUGUGGGUGCUGCUCAGGGCCAGCUGUCCUUACCUGCUUAGGACACCAAAGGAGCUCCAGCUGGCACAGGCACAGCGCUGAAGGCCGGGCAAGCUUGGCAGUUGUUCAGCCAAGAGCCAGCUAAGUGCCAGCCAGGUGUGAGCAAACACGUGGGCUGUGUCUUGGGAGGAAAUCGAUAGCAGAUAAGGUGCUGCCGGCCCAUCAGGCACUGAUUAGCAGCACGGCACAGGCACGGGAGGGGUGGGAGUGGGGCUGGUGAAGGGAUGCCCGUCCCUGUGGCUGCAGGCAGUGCCUGCAAGGGCUGAGUCCACGCUUGGGCCAGCUGGAGCUCCUGAGCCACCGGGACCUUUCAGUGGCCUGAGCAGCAGCCUUGUGUGGGGCUGCAGAUCACUGCUGUACAGCCUGCCGAGGCCCACGCUUGCCUUAAAGCCCUCCUCAAUCUCUCCCUGGGCUCUGGGCACUUUGCAAAGAGACCCGGCUGCUCGGUGCCACUUUUCCAGAGCUUAGGGCAUUGCUGUCCCUGCACAGGUCCCUGUCCAGCCCCUGCAGUGAGCACGGGGCUGGUAAUGCUCCCCCUCAGCCAUGCAGGCCCUCCACAGGCCGGGUGCUGGGCCAGGACAGAGCUAAUGGAGCCUUUGCAAGGCAUGGGGUGGCAGGUCCCACAGGAGCAUGUGGCACAGGGCUGGUGGCAGGGCCACCAGGAAGAGACACAUCACUGUCUGUGGACAGAGCCAGCGCUCAGCAGGAGCAGGUUCCACAUGGUGGGAGAAGUGAGGGGCUGCUGGUGGGAUAUUUUUUUAACAUUUUCUAAGCUGCCCGGCUUGGCUGACAAUUUUUAAUGUACUAACUGCCUGGUCCAGUGAGCUGAUUAAUUGGUGCUGUGGAGAUCAAUACAAAACAGAAAAUUAAAACAAUUUUAAAGUGAUUAAGUAGUUUAACACCUGUCUGAUGCCACGUCAGGGCUGGGAGACAAAUAAAGCAGGUGGCAAAGGGCCUGCUGUAGCCAGGGAGAGUGACAAAUGGCUGCUGCAGCCUGGCUGCCCUGUGCAUCCCCACACUGAGACAGGACCCCAAAGAGUGCUGAUCCAGGCAGGGCCCCAGCCUGGUAGCCAGGACUGACCCCCUGUCCUCGCUGUGCUGCCCACCCUGCUCCCACUUCCCCGCUGAGCACUCGCUGCUGCAGCAGAGCAGUGCCCCACCGGUGCUGGACAGGAGCAGCCAGCAGCGUGCACUGGCUCUGCCCAGCCUGUGCUCGGUGCCAGGCAGCCUCGGGCUGUGUGGGCAGAGCCAGGAGCCAUGGGGGUGCAGCACAGGCAGGCCAGCCUGGCAGGCAGAUGGAUGGCAGCUCCGCUUCAAUUCCGCAUCCCUUUUCUCCCAGACAAACCCCGUCGGAUUUUCAUAAAUCAAAGCGCCACACUGUUUAAUAAAAAUUUAUUGACUUACAAGUGAUUAUUUAUCAAAAGGCCAUUAAUAGCAGCUCCGGGAAUGAUGUGCUACUGGGUGGUGCGUGGAGACUAAUAGCAAAUCAAUGCCAGCAUCCGGGCAGAAUGCAUAUGAGGGCUCCUGGCCCCAGUGGGGUGCACGGCUGCUGCAGCCAGAGCCAGCAGCCCCUACCCUGUGGGCCGCCCAGCGCUCCCCCCCCGGUUAUUUAUCGCUUACAAAUGAAAUGAUCGAUACUUUUAAUCUAGAGCUAAAUUUAUUAACUUUCUCAUCGGAGAGAGACAUAUUGACUGGGGGCAUGGGGUGGGAGAGCCAAGGAAAGAUGGAUGUGUGCCUCCUAACCUGUCCAGCCAGCUCCUUGCCUGCUGCACAGUGUCCUGAAUGCUGCUGGGGACGGUCCCCGAGCGCAGCAGGGUGGCUGGACAUCCUGCACAGCUGAGGAGGGUUCUGCAGAUCGCCACGGCGUCAGGGACAGGGACCCAGCUGCAGGCAGGAGACUUGUGGGCACCUGCAGCUGGAUCCAAGUGCUUGAGGACACGGCAAGGGGGUGGAGGAGGCUUGUGGCCUUCAGCAGUGCCUGAAGGAAAUGUCCAUCCCACCCCCAGAGAGGAGAGCUCUGGGGACACAGCCCUAGAUAGGGCUCAGGAGGGGCUGCUGAACAGGGAGAAGUGAAGGAGAGCCUGGAGACCCUGAUUGGGCAGCAGGGAUCAGCAGGCAGCAAUGUCCAUGUCCCUAGCAGGUGUGUCCCCAGCUGCAGUCACCCACAGCACACCCAUGACUCCCUGUGCUCCCUCCAGGGCCGCCCAGACCACAGCAAGGUGCAGGGCUCUUCAUCCAAACGGGCCCUGAGCUGGCAGCCAGGGCAGCAAAGUUCCAUCAGGGAAAUAAAAAAGUGUAGGAAAAUUCAGAUUUAAGGCCUCUUACACAGAGCAGCUGUCCUCACCUGGCACAGCAGAUGCCCUUCCCAACAAACGACACUCAAGGUACAAAGGAGGCACUUGGGUAACUGCCUUCUGCAGAGAACUAGAGAAUGCAAGCAGGCUUCAGCAGGGAGCAGUGAAACAGUUCUUGCUUGUAAGAGCAGAGAAGCCAGUGUAAGUGCUCAAGUUUGUAGGAAUGUAAGGAAAAUGGGAAAGCACAUGGGAGAAAUGCUCAAAUGCAAGUUGUUUCACCAAAUAAUUUACUUGCAGAGCAGAAAGGGGCACCGCCUCCAGCACAAGAUUUCAGUUUUCUUGCUACUGAUUGAUACUAUCCAGGUGUGUGCAUGACAAGGUCAGAUGCCACUGUUUGCCUCAGGAGACAUUUGAAAAGGGAUUUGCUGCCCUGGCCGUGAAGUCUUGGGCUCUCCUCCACACUCUAGGCUCCCACUAUAGCACGUACAGAUUCCUCAGGAGCCCCAGCUGCCACUCCAGUGCCACCUGGCACCCCACAGCCCCAGGGGACAGAGGGAGAUUUCCAAGGAGUGUGAUCCUUAGUGCAUCAGGAGCAGGGAGAGGCUGUUACUCAGACACUGUAGAAGCAACAGUCUGGGUCAAGCUGACAGGAAGGUGGCAGAAGAAAAAGAUUUCUCCUGGAAGUGGAUCUGAAAAUGGCCUGAGAGGCACAUUCUGCUCCUAAGGGGUUUAUGCCUCACACAUGAGUGG